AUGCUCAUCCUCACCGAACCCGACGUCUCCUCCAUCCUCCGCAACCUCACCCCGGCGCACGCCACCCUCCUCCUCUCCGCCCUCUCCACUGCUCUCGCCGCCUUCACCAAGGAAAAGCAACAACAAGAUGGCCACCCGCCACUGAUCCACCAACCCCAGCGCACCGCCAUCACCACGCAGCCGGCCCGCGACACGACGCUCAUCAUGCCCGUCUCCAACACGACGACCGCCACCUCCGUCAAGGUCGUCACGCUGCCCAGCUCCGGGCCGGUCAAGGGCUCCAUCUCCAUCUUCGCGCCGGACGGCGCGCUCAAGGGCGUCCUCAACGCGGCCGAGGUGACGGCGUUCCGCACGGCGCUGGCCACCAUGACGCUGCUGACGCGCUGGCAACGCCCGGGCAGCAGCAAGCGCGAGGUGCGCAACCUCGUCGUGUUCGGCGCGGGGAGGCAGGUCGAGUGGCACGUGCGGCUGGCGCUGAAGUUUGCAGGUGAAGGUGGCGGCGGCGUCAGGCGCGUGUCGAUUUUCAACCGCGGCGCGGCGCGGCUGCGCGAGCUGGAGGCGGGCGUGCUGGCGGAGCUGCGCGGGGCGUUUCCGGGCGUCGUGUUCGAGACGACGGCGCUGGAGACGGCGGGGGAAGAGGCGUACGGGUCCACGAUGCGGGGCAGGUUGGGUGAGGCGGACGCGGUGUUCGGCUGCACGCCGUCGACGGAGCCGUUGUUCAAGGCGAAGGAUCUGUUGGGGAGCGGUGAAAGGCCAAGGUUCAUGUCGCUGAUUGGGUCCUACAAGCCUGAGAUGCAGGAGAUCGAUACGGAGACGCUGCGGGCUGCGGCGAAGAUUUGGGUCGAUUCGAAGGAGGAGUGUUUGAUUGAGUCGGGCGAGCUGAUUAGGGCGGGGACGAAGGAGGAGGAGUUGACGGAGGUGGGCGAGCUGUUUCUGCAGGGUGACAAUUCGAGGGUGGAGGAGGAGGGGUUGACGCUGUUCAAAUGCGUGGGAUUCGGGCUGAUGGAUUUAAUUAUUGGGGACAAGCUGCUGGAGUUGGCGGGGCAAUUAGGAAAGGGGGUUACCGUGGACGGAUUCUGA